AUUUCUUUGACUAUAUCUAAUCUUUCAUGGAAUGAUUGACGCUUUUUGUAUCAAUCUUAUCUUAUUUUGGCAAAAUACAUUUCGUGCAAAUGAAUAUAUAAAAGUGAAAUUUUCUUAUAACGAAUAAAGCUGAUAUACGGUGAUUAAAAUGGCAUUAGGAGCCCUUUGAAAUACACUGCUUUUUUAAAUAAAAGAGAAAGAAAGAAAAUAGAAGAACAUAUCAUAGAAACCAUACUAUACUCAAUACAAAUAUUGAUCACUUAAAAAAGCAGCCGAUUUAAAUCGACUCCGAAUACGUGUCAUUUUUAUCGCAUGAGGUUAAGGCAUUUAAUAUUUCUAUCAGCUGUUAUGUUCAAUAUGGCUUCCCGCAAGGCGCGUUCUUUUCCGAAAUACCGGAGAAACGCCUACAUUAGAACAAAUAAGUGAAUUGGCAAACGCGAUCGAGAAUUGUAAAUUGUAAAUCACAAUUUUACAAUGGCUGGGAACGGCGAAGUGCUGGAGGGAUUCAUAUGCCCUAUAUGCAUGACUGAUUUCAAAGCGCCGAAGUAUUUAACGAAGCAUUUUGAGGAAGUUCAUAAUGACGACCCGGAGAUUUUGAAGUCGCUGAAAGAUUUAUUUGGCAAAGCCAAGAAAAAGAUUUUGAAGCAAGAUGAUAUACCAGAAAUGUUUUCAAAUGCAAUACCACAGGACAAAAGACAAAGUCCUGAAAUUAAUUGGGGACCACAAGAAAUAGGUGCAAUUACAUCUCAUACGAGAUAUUUCAAAGACAUAAGAAAUGCUCGACUUGAGAGAUACGCAUAUGAAACAAAUAAACUUCUUAUAAGGUUAGAUAAAUUAUUAAAUAAUUUACCAUCAGAUCCUGUCGACAGAAAAGCCCAUGAACGCACCAUUGUACCAUGGAUUGAUGAAAAGGAUGUGAAGUUAUGUCCCAAUUGUGCCAAAAGCUUUCAUUUGGCAAGGCGAAAACAUCACUGUAGACUCUGCGGGGCAGUUAUGUGCCAUAACUGUACAGUAUUUCUGUCUUUAGUUGAUGCACGAAAAAUGACUAGCCCUGUAUCUGUACAAGACGAUUCUGCUCUUUCUCCUACGUCAGAACGGACGUUUCCCGAAAGGAUAGUACGUGCAGGUAUCGGUCUCACCAAAUUGGCACGAUCACCUUCCAGUGGUAGUUUAAAUAGUGUCUUAUCGUUAGUUAAUGAUCCAGCUAGUGGCGAACAGCACUUUAGAGUUUGUACUCAUUGUAUAAAUCUGCUUGAUGCAAGGGAGAUGCAAAAAGCAAAGCAGUUUGAUAAACCAAUCGUUUGUGAGUUUUAUGAGAAAAUGCGAGAGUACAUGAACGAAGCCUCGCAACAUUUGGCAAUGUACAACAAAAUGUGGGAGUCAUUAAAAGAAGGAGAGGCUAUGUAUGAUUUAGACGAUGCUCAAUCAUUACGAGUCAAGUUAGCCAAAUUGGGUGAAAAUAUCGAUGCUACUAGCAAGAGAAUUCUCGUCCUUGGUGUAAAGAAAAAUACAGAAGCUGAGUUGCAAGGAGCACAAGGGCAAGAACUGAGGCUGUAUCAGAUGGUUAGAACAUCAGCGAUGAUAUUCCUAAAGGAAGAAUUGUUAACUCUGCAACCAUUGCCCACGACAGAAGAAUACGCUGCUUUACAAGAGGAACGUCAGAAAAGAAUUGAAGCUCGAAUAGCGUACGAGCGACAAUUGGAAGAAGAACAACGAGAGAAGCCGAAAGAACAACGUAAGAAAGAUAUGUGGAAUUUAGACAACAGUCUACCUGCAAAAACUAAUCAGGCACAGGCAAUGGUAGCUCAGUCUCAAGGCUGGGGUCCAUCCAAUGUUGCACCCAUGAUGUCUUCCUCUAUGGAUCCAAUAAUCGAACAAAUGAGUAAUCUUCGAGCAUACAUCAAACAAGCUCGCGCUGAUUGCAAAUACGAUGAAGUUGCGACACUAGAAAGCAAUCUUCGAGAGCUUCAAAGUGCCUACUUUGCUAUGAAACAAAAUAACAGUAGCGACGGAUAGAUGUACGAACAAUGCGCUUCUUAUAUUACAGCACAUAAAGUAUAUGUAUCAAGAAUUUCUUUCUAUAAUAAAAUUUCCUAUUAAUCGUCAGAAAA